AUGGAGAAGAAGGGCAAUCAUAAAGAGGAAGCUUUCUUGCAGCACCGGGCUUUGUUCAUCGCUGUUCUGGUCCUCGGUUUCUUUCUAAUGGAUCCUCUUGAGAUCGGACCGGUAGGUGGGAUCGAGUUCAGGCCGGUGAAACUUGUCAUUGCACCAUACAAGGAAGUGAUGGGAAGUUGGCCUAGAGACAAUGAAAGCCGGUUGGGGAAUGGGAGACUCGAGUUUGUUGACGAAGUUUUCGGCCCCGAAUCGUUGGAGUUCGACGUGUUUGGUCGUGGUCCUUACACCGGGUUAGCAGACGGCCGCGUUGUUCGGUGGAUGGGUGAAGGUGUCGGAUGGGAGACAUUCGCCAUUGUUACAUCAAACUGGUCAGAGAAGCUAUGUGCCAGAGGUGUGGACUCAACAACAUCAAAGCAAUGGAGACACGAGAAACGGUGUGGCCGACCACUCGGGUUAAGGUUCGACAAAAACAGUGGAGAUCUGUACAUUGCAGAUGCCUAUUACGGACUGCUUGUAGUCGGACCGGCUGGCGGACUUGCCACACCAGUAGCGACUCACGUGGAAGGGAUGCAAAUACUGUUUGCAAAUGAUCUCGACAUCCAUAAAAACGGUUCGAUCUUUUUCACAGACACAAGCAGAAAGUACAAUAGAGCGUAUCAUUUCUACAUUCUGUUGGAAGGCGAAACGACCGGAAGGAUUCUCAGAUAUGACCCUCCGACAAAGACAACUCAUUUAGUGUUGGAUGGCUUAGCUUUUCCGAAUGGGAUUCAGUUAUCUCUGGACCAGAGUUUCCUCUUAUUCACUGAGACUAGCAAUUGCAGGCUAAUGAAAUACUGGCUUGAAGGACCAAAAGCUGGGACAAUGGAGAUUGUUGCACAUUUACCCGGUUUUCCGGACAAUGUAAGAAUAAACGACAAAGGUCAAUUCUGGGUAGCCAUAGAUUGUUGCAGAACUCAAGCACAAGAGAUUCUGGUUCAGAAUCCAUGGAUCAGGAGCUUGUACUUCAGAUUACCCAUCAAAAUGAAGAUUUUAGCAAGAAUUGUGGGGAUGAAGAUGUUCACGGUGAUCUCACUCUUCAAUGAAAACGGCGAGAUCGUCGAGGUGCUCGAAGAUCGGAAAGGUGUGGUGAUGAAAUUAGUGAGUGAAGUUAGGGAAGUUGAAGGGAAACUGUGGAUUGGAACUGUGGCACAUAAUCACAUUGCCACUUUAUCUUACCCUUGAAAAUCUUUGAUCUCAUUUUACCUACAAUAUGUUUGGUUAGACCAUAACCGUGUUUUGUUCAACUAUCUUUCCUUUGACUAUGAACUUUUU